AUGAAACGAACGGGUUACAGUGUACUCGCAACGCCAAUUUUCUGUGUUCUACGUGUCGCGCGCUUCGACAACUGCCCGACCGUCUCCGAACUUUGUCGAUCCUUACCGAAGGAUCAGUUGAAUUUGAAGCCCUUUGCGGUCUCGAACAAUUCAGAAGUCAGAGCAAAUAAUCUCUCUGCUCAGUCGGACAAAUAAAUGCGAAUGUUGGAACAUAGUGCCAUCUACCAGAAUCAACAACAGCUAGAAUUUUUCAAAAAGUUGUUACUUCCGAAUUCGCAGCACACAGUAAAAUUAUAAAUACAAUUUAACAAUGUUUAAUGACUAUUACAAGCAACAUCCAAUAAUUCAGAAAUAUAUGAUCAAUUAGUUUACAAAAGAUUUUAAUAUUGAUAAGGCUGAAUAAUGCGGAACAGAGGAGGCCAUGCCGUCAACGAAUAAUUACGUAAGCGAUACUUUCGUCAGAAUUUUUCUGCUUUGAACAAGUGCGUGUGGCUACUUGAAAAUUUUAUAUCGCUUUACAAAGAGAACGGAGCAAGGUGCUGUACAAAAAAAAGGAAAAAGAUAUGUAUUAAUAAAUUAUUAUAAGUUUUAAAAUUUUUCAACUUUGGGCUGUUCAUAAUAUUUUGAAUAUGUUAUUAUUUAUUAUUAAACUGUGGAAUUUCGUGCAAAUUCAUAUUUUUGAGAAUAUAAAUCAGUUAAAAGAA